GAGCAAAAUCUCCUCCCUCAAGUUGUCAAAAUAGAGGCGCUUACAGAAGGAGGAACGUCACAUCCCCUUGACCCUCCAAUCACCUCGGGGUCCCAUUUGAUUGGAAGGCGGCAAGGGCUUUAAUCUCGGACUAAUACAGCUGCUUUUGAAGUGAAAUUUUCUACUAGUUCUUGGUUUGGGAGGACAAGCGCGGACCUACGGGAAGAGACAGAGCGCGCGCUAUGCCUGUAGUGUCACACGCGGCUCCGGAUCUGCGAUAGCCUCACGCUCUGCUCCAGACGGAUUAUACUAUUUAUCUUUAUUUCUGCUAUUUGAAAGAAGAUUACGGCGUAGUUUUUUAUUUAUGAAUCUGAUAGAUGAAAUACCAACCAAAUACAUGAGAAUUGGGUCAUGAUCACAUCGCCCUCUGCUUCUGCUUCAAGAAAUAGUGAUACUGAUCUAGUCUGGGAAAGCAGCAGCAGCUCUCGGAAUAACAACUCCGCGCUCGUCAGCAAGCCUUUUCUCCGUUACGUCCCUCCUUCGGACCCUUUACGGCAAGCUAACCGACUUCCCAUAAAGAUUUUGAAAAUGCUUACCGCACGCACAGGACACAUUUUACACCCUGAAUAUCUUCAGCCAUUGCCAUCCACCCCGAUCAGUCCAAUUGAGCUCGAUGCCAAGAAAAGUCCUCUGGCUCUUCUUGCGCAAACAUGCUCUCAGAUCGGUAAACCGGACCCUCCACCCUCCUCCAAACACUCAUCAAACGGAACUAACGACAAAGAGUCGAAAUCUGGUCCUUUAAAACUGAGUGACAUCGGUGUGGAAGACAAAUCCAGCUUCAAGCCGUACUCAAAGCCAGCGGAUAAGAAGGACUCGUCUUCUGGGGUGUCUAACGGAGAGAAGUCUGGUUUCCGUGUGCCUAGCGCCACCUGCCAGCCGUUCACUCCCAGGACUGGCAGCCCGAAUUCCAGCACUUCGGCUUCCCCGAUGCCGUCAGAUGGGAAGGGAGAGAGAGAUGAAAAGAAAGAGUCUGAUUGUAAUAAAAACUGCACCUCAGAUGGAUCUGCACCGACCAGCGUCAGCCACAGCCGGAUAAGCGUGAGCUGUGCGGGAAUUAACGUGGAAGUCAACCAGCACCAGGAAACCACAUCAGGAUCCAAAGCAGCGACGUCGGAGUCCUCGUGUGUCACCUCUUCUUCCUCAGCCUCUGUCCUGGGGUCAGGACUGGUAGCCCCCGUUUCUCCGUACAAACCCGGACAGACUGUUUUUCCUCUAUCCCCGGCUGGCAUGACGUACCCUGGAAGUUUAGCAGGGGCCUACGCUGGCUACCCUCAACACUUUCUGCCCCACGGUGGAAGUCUGGUCAAUGCACAGUUUGCCAGCUCGCUGGGCUGCAGUAAAGCUGGCUCAAGCCCCCUAGCUGGGGCAUCCCCUCCAUCUAUAAUGUCUGCUAGCCUUUGUAGGGACCCUUAUUGCUUGAGUUACCACUGUGCCAGCCACUUAGCCGGUGCAGCCGGAGCUUCCUGCACACACGACUCGGCGGCCGCGGCUGCUUUGAAGUCCGGAUAUCCACUCAUGUACCCGACACACCCUUUGCACGGUGUUCACUCCUCGCCGCCAUCUUUUGGUGGACACCAUUUGUAUCCCUAUGGCUUCGUGCUGCCCAACGACCCUCUACCGCAUGUGUGUAACUGGGUGUCAGCAAAUGGACCUUGUGACAAGCGUUUCUCGUCCUCCGAAGAACUUCUUAACCACCUGAGGACGCACACCGCGUUCACCGGGACCGACAAGUUGAUAUCGGGUUAUCCCAGUUCAUCAUCGUUAGCUAGUGCUGCCGCCGCAGCUAUGGCGUGCCAUAUGCACAUGCCGCCCUCAGGAGCCCCUGGGAGCCCCGGGACACUGGCACUUAGGAGCCCGCAUCACGCGUUAGGACUAAGCAGCCGCUAUCACCCGUAUUCGAAGAGUCCGUUGCCUACUCACGGCGCACCGGUUCCGUUACCUGCAGCCACCGGUCCUUAUUACUCUCCCUAUGCACUGUACGGUCAAAGACUCACCACAGCAGCAGCGCUUGGAUACCAGUAAACAAAAAAAUCAGACUUUGUCCAAAUUUAUAGAUUAUAAAGAUUGAAAUAUAAAGACUUUUAUAUCAUCGCGCCACUGAAGGACUGGAUCCGUGGACUCACUGUAUUUAUUUAUGUCAGCUUAAAGCGGACGAUAAUACAAAUUAAAAUAUUUGAGCAACUCAAAAGUGCAUUACAUUUGAACUGAACUCUGUAGAUAACGUGAAACACAUGUUAGAGUACUAAUAAAAUAGGGGUCUUCAGUUGGAUGUUGAUUUGGAAUUGCUAUGAUUGUAUUGUUCGUUAUUAUUUAAUGUCUCAUUGAAAAGAAGAUAAUUUCCAUGCAUGUUUGUUUCUUAAAUCCCACAUUGUCCACAUGAUUUGAAAUUGCCGUUAUUUUUCAGGUGUAGCCUACACCACGGAGAGAGAAUUGGUAUUUUUUGUAUGUAUUCUGGAAAAUAAGAAACAAUUCUGUUCCAUAUUUCUGUCUUCAGUAUUCAUUAACUUAACAUCACCAAAACUGAACUCAAACUAAA